GCGCCGCCGCCUCCAUUUUCCAGGCCGCCCGCGCCGCGGCCCGGACAUGGCCGCCAACAUGUACCGGGUGGGAGACUACGUGUACUUUGAGAACUCGUCCAGCAACCCCUACCUUAUCCGCAGAAUCGAGGAGCUCAACAAGACGGCGAAUGGCAACGUGGAGGCCAAGGUGGUGUGUUUCUACCGGCGGCGGGACAUCUCCAGCACACUCAUCGCCCUGGCCGACAAGCAUGCCACCCUGUCUGUCUGCUAUAAAGCAGGAGCUGGAGCUGACAACGGUGAGGAAGGGGAGCUGGAGGAAGAGCUGGAGAACCCUGAGAUGGUGGGGCUGCCUGAGAAACUGCAGCACCAGCUGCGCCACCGGGAGCUGUUCCUGUCGAGGCAACUUGAGUCCCUGCCGGCCACGCACAUCAGGGGCAAAUGCAGUGUCACCCUCCUCAAUGAGACCGAGUCGCUCAAGUCCUACCUGGAGAGGGAGGACUUCUUCUUCUACUCCCUCGUCUAUGACCCACAGCAGAAGACACUCCUGGCAGACAAAGGCGAGAUCCGCGUGGGGAGCCGGUACCAGGCCGACAUCACAGAUCUGCUGGAGGAAGGUGAGGAGGACGGGCGGGACCAGGCCAAGCUGGAGACGAAGGUGUGGGAGUCGCACAACCCACUGGUGGACAAGCAGAUCGACCAGUUCCUGGUGGUAGCCCGCUCCGUGGGCACCUUCGCCCGGGCUCUGGACUGCAGCAGCUCCGUCCGGCAGCCCAGCCUGCACAUGAGCGCGGCUGCCGCGUCCCGGGACAUCACGCUGUUCCAUGCCAUGGACACACUACACAAGAGCGUGUACGAUGUGGCCAAGGCCAUCUCGGCUCUGGUGCCGCAGGGCGGGCCAGUGCUGUGCCGCGACGAGAUGGAGGAGUGGUCAGCGUCCGAGGCCAGCCUGUUUGAGGAGGCGCUGGAGAAGUAUGGCAAGGACUUCACCGACAUACAGCAGGAUUUUUUGCCCUGGAAGUCGCUGACAAGCAUCAUCGAGUACUACUACAUGUGGAAGACCACCGACAGAUACGUGCAGCAGAAACGCUUGAAGGCUGCCGAGGCUGAGAGCAAGUUGAAGCAGGUUUAUAUCCCCAACUAUAACAAGCCAAACCCGAACCAGAUCAGCGGCAAUAAUGUCAAGGCGGGCGUGGUGAAUGGUGCUGGGGCACCGGGCCAGAGUCCCGGGGCUGGCCGAGCCUGCGAGAGCUGCUACACCGCCCAGUCUUACCAGUGGUAUUCUUGGGGUCCCCCUAACAUGCAGUGUCGUCUCUGCGCCUCUUGUUGGACAUAUUGGAAGAAAUAUGGUGGCUUGAAAAUGCCAACCCGGCUCGAUGGGGAGAGGCCGGGACCCAACCGCAGUAACUUGAGCCCCCAUGGCCUUCCAGCCCGGAGCAGCGGGAGCCCCAAGUUCGCCAUGAAGACGCGCCAGGCUUUCUAUCUGCACACCACCAAACUCACCCGCAUUGCGCGGCGCCUGUGCCGGGAGAUCCUGCGGCCCCAGCAUGCAGCCCGGCACCCCUACAUGCCUGUCAACAGCGCCGCCAUCAAGGCUGAGUGUACAGCGCGGCUGCCUGAGGCCUCGCAGAGCCCGCUGGUGCUGAAGCAGGCUGUGCGGAAACCUCUGGAGGCUGUGCUGCGGUACCUGGAGGCUCACCCACGCCCCCCAAAGCCGGAGCCUGUGAAGAACGUGCCCAGUGGCCUGAGCCCUGCUAAGCCAGCGCCUGUCAUCAGCAGCGGCUCGCCCACCAUCCUGGGCAAGAGGGGCUACGAACACCACAACGGCGUGGACGGCAACAUGAAGAAGCGCCUCUUGAUGCCCAGUAGGGGUUUGGCGAACCACGGACAGGCCAGGCACAUGGGACCAAGCCGGAACCUUCUGCUCAAUGGGAAGUCAUACCCCACCAAAGUGCGCCUGAUCCGGGGGGGCUCCCUGCCCCCCGUCAAGCGGCGGCGGAUGAACUGGAUUGAUGCUCCCGAUGAUGUGUUUUACAUGGCCACGGAGGAGACCAGGAAGAUCCGCAAGCUGCUGUCCUCAUCGGAGACCAAGCGUGCCGCCCGCAGGCCCUACAAGCCCAUCGCCUUGCGCCAGAGCCAAGCACUGCCGCUGCGGCCACCUGCGCCAGCCCCAGUGAACGACGAGCCCAUCAUUAUCGAGGACUAGCCCCUCGCUCACCCGCCCUCCCCGCAGGCUGCGCCCCAUUUGGUAGUGCCCCCUCACUCCCAGAGAAACCAAUGCCCUGGGAGUUGGUCUCUAACUUAUUCCAAGAUUUAUUCCAAGGAGCCCCUUUAGCUUUGAGUUUCCCAUUUGGCUGGAGUGGAGCCGAGGAGCCGCAGCCGCGGCAGUUCUGUUGUGUUCUGUUGAAGGUGCCAUUUUAAAUUUUAUUUUUAUUACUUUUUUUGUAGAUGAAUUUAAGCUCUGUAACUUACACCUGGAAUGUUAGAAUUGUGUGGCCGGCUGCUGGGGUUGGCCCCUUGUCUUUUCAAGUAAUUUUCAUAUUAAAAAAAAAAGGAAAAAAAACUUAUAAAAA